GAUGAUGUCAAGAUUUUGAGCCGAGCCAGUUUUAGCAAUGUUGGUCAUUUUAGCGAUAGUGCUAGUGGACUUUUUAGCCUAGCUGUUGAACAGCUCAGCUUAGCCGUUUGGUUCGUGGUUCGACUCAAGCUGUUUACAUCAUUAUCAGAUGAUAUAGACUAA